UUUGUUAUUCGCGUGUCGAAUUUGAUGCAAGAUGUACGAAACUAAGGAUAUAACUUGCGUUGUUACUGGUGGAGCUCAAGGAAUCGGGCUCGCAAUCGUCGAAAACUUUCUUCUCAAUGGUGCAAAACAUGUGAUUAUACUAGACUAUAACGAGGAGGAGGGAAAUAAAGUUGUUAAGAAACUGCAAAAUAAAUACAGUGGUGAUUGUGUUUUUAUUAAUUGUGACAUAACAAGGGACUUAGAUUCAGUUUAUAGUGAACUCAUCAAGACAUAUAAACAUAUAGAUGUUUUUGUAAAUAACGCUGGAAUAUUAGAUACUGACAACCCCAGAAGGACGAUGAAUGUCAAUGCCGUUUCGCUUAUAGAAUGGACUUUCAAGGUUUAUGAAGAUAUGAGAAUCGAUAAGGGAGGAAAAGGAGGUACCAUUAUAAAUAUAGCUUCUGUUGUUGGUUAUGAAAAUAUACCAUUUUUACCAGCGUACCAGGCAUCAAAGCACGCUGUAAUUGGCUUCACAAAAUCACUGGGUCACAAUGUAAAUUACAAUCAGACUGGUGUUAGAGUUUUAGCUAUAUGCCCAGGUCUGACAACCACAAAUAUAGAGAAAAAUUCGAACGAGAAACGCGAUGAUCCAGUAAUGCGAUUGUUAUCAGAAAAAUUUAUUACCCAAGAACCUGAUAAUGUUGGCAAGGGGACACUGGAUGUAUACAAGAAUGCUGAGAGUGGAACUUAUUGGCUUGUAGAACAGUCGCAGCCUCCGAUUAAAGUCAAUCUUGAAGUCAAAUUGGGCUUGUAAGACUAUAAAUAGUAUCGUAUAAUAUAAUGAUGUCUAAUAAGUCCAAUAAUAGUAUAUUCAAGCGAAUGACCACAUUCGCUUCGCUUGUGCGUUCAACUUCGCGUUCGUGGGCAAUUGACAACUUGUCGCACGAGUUGCACGAACUAUUUUGUAUUACAAAUGCUACGAUUUAUGUAUUAUUUCCGGCUCCAUAUUUGUUUGUAAACUUUUGUAACUUAAUAUAUAAUUUUAUAAUAUAAUAAUUUUAUUUAUUAAAUUAUCUUCUUCACUUCGACAC